GAGUUCAUUUCAAAAAAAAUAAAAAUUAAAACGUAGAAUCUGAAGAACACAUUAUUAUAAUAUUCUCUCUGUUUCUCCUCCGAUAUCCCAGUGUGGGUUAUUCUCCAUCACUUGCUCUCUCUCUCUAGCUGCCUCUGCCUCUACACUAGACGUUGUACUUCUUCACUUUUCAAGGGAGCUUCUUUAACUGUUCCGGUUAAUAUUCUUUAGAUCAUCUAUUGUAUUGACAAAGUAGCUUAUUCUCAAAGCAUAACCACAUAAACCCACCCAUCUCUAGAAGUCUCACUUUAUUAUUGAGAUUAUCUAAAGCAUUUGAAGCAAAGCAUCUUCAACACACCACUCCUCUUCAUCACUAUUAUCUCUUCUUCUCCUCCUGCUCCUCCUUCUUCUUCUCUGCUUUUGCCUUGAACAAGACUAUCUUGGCAGCCAGUCAUGACUGCAGAUACAGCGGUACCGGUUUAUUGGUUAAAUUGGAGGGUUUUACUAUGUGGAAUUUGGAUCUCAUUUGCAAUGGUAAUAGCAUCAUAUUUGAUUUGGAAGUACGAAGGUUCAAAUAGUUCAAGACCUGAUAGAGUUAGAGUUGAAACCCAACAAGGAGAUUCAGGGGCUUUGUAUGAAGAUGAAGGUUGGCGGCCGUGUUUGAAAGAUCUUCAUCCUGCUUGGUUGAUGGCUUUUAGGGUUAUUGGCUUUGUUGUUCUAUUGGCAUUGCUUGUUGCUAAUGUUGUUGUUGAUGGAGGUGGCAUAUUCUACUUUUAUACUCAGUGGACAUUUACACUGGUUACCGUUUACUUUGGGCUUGGUUCUGUUCUCUCUGUUAAUGGAUGUUACGAGUAUCGUAACAGAGUUGGUGGUGAUCAUGUGGAGUUAGAUGCAGAGCGAGGCAACUAUGUUGCUCCCAGACAUGCAGAGAACGUAAGUGGAAGCAAUACAAUGAAAAGUUCCGUUCUCCACGAGCACCAUUCUGAUCGAAAACCUGCUGGAAUUUUGGUGUAUGCUUUUCAAAUUAUUCUUCAGAUGAGUGCAGGAGCCGUAAUGCUCACUGAUGCCGUCUUUUGGUUCAUCAUUGUUCCUUUUCUUACCAUCAAAGACUACAAACUGAAUUUUUUGUUGGUUAGUAUGCAUUCAAUCAAUGCUGUUUUUCUCCUUGCUGAUGCGGCUUUGAACAGCUUGCAAUUCCCAUGGUUUCGGUUCGCAUACUUCAUCUUGUGGACAGCGAUAUACGUCAUUUUUCAAUGGGUCAUUCAUGCUUGCAUAUCACUUUGGUGGCCAUACCCCUUUCUCGACUUAUCAUCCUCCUAUGCUCCAUUAUGGUAUUUAGCUGUUGGACUGAUGCAUAUCCCCUGCUACGGGGUCUUUGUACUAAUACUAAGGAUGAAGCACUUCUUGUGGUCAAAAUGGUUCCCAGAAUCUUAUCACAUUGAGAAGUAAAAUGAGGUACGAGAAGCUCCAAACAUUUUCACGACAACAAAAGAAGAGCCCCGAAACUGAAUACUGACAGCAUGAUAACAAAAGAAGAGACCCAAAGGUGAAAAAAGAGAAACAAUGAGGAUCAAUGGAUUAUUCAAAGCUACAUUACUGACCAUACAGAAAAAAGUACAGAUUUUUUUUCCUUUUUUUUUCUUCAGGAAUACUAGAUAGUUUUAUUUGAUGCAAUAACACUCAUUUUGUUAAAUUUAUACUUUUCCCCGAGGGUGAAGAAUUGCAGUAAAUAGAUAAGUUUGGAAAAGAAAUCUUAGAAUCUUCACUCUUCA